UCCAUUCCGACUCUUUGUGGCGUGCAAGGGGAGGGAAGGGAGGAAGGCAGAGGCCUCCAGACGCGAUCCCGCUCCAUCCGUAAACUAAUAAACCCCCAUUAUAUCGAUUAGAAUAGUAGCAACCCCCAUUAUUGCCGUUGCACACGCUAUCAGCUUCACCCUCUAUCUGCCGCGGCAGCCGGCAACUUCCUCCCAAGAACACGCGAAAAAGAAGAAGGAGAAGGAGAAGGAGAAGAGAUGGUGAACGCCGACGCCGUCCGCAACAUCGUCGGCAUCUGCGGCAACAUCAUCUCGUUCGGGCUGUUCCUGUCGCCGCUGCCGACGUUCGUGCAGAUCGUGAAGAAGCGCGACGUGGAGCAGUUCGUGCCGGACCCGUACCUAGCGACGUUCCUCAACUGCGCGCUGUGGGUGUUCUACGGGCUCCCCAUCGUGCACCCAAACAGCAUCCUCGUCGUCACCAUCAACGGCACGGGGCUCGCCAUCGAGGUCGUCUACCUCUCCGUCUUCUUCGCCUACGCGCCCAGGCCCAAGCGCCUCAAGAUGCUCGGCGUCCUCGCCGUGGAGCUCGUCUUCGUCGUCGCCAUCGCCGCGGGGGUGCUCCUCGGCGCCCACACCCACGAGAAGCGCUCGCUCAUCGUCGGCAGCGUCUGCAUCUUCUUCGGCACGCUCAUGUACGCCGCGCCGCUCACCGUCAUGAAGCGGGUCAUCACCACCAAGAGCGUCGAGUACAUGCCAUUCACGCUCUCCUUUGUCAGCUUCCUCAACGGCAUCUGCUGGACGACCUACGCGCUCAUCCGCUUCGACAUCUUCAUCACGAUCCCGAAUGGCAUAGGAACGUUUCUGAGCUCUGCGCAGCUGAUCCUCUACUUCUGCUACUACGGGUCGACGCCCAAGAACGACAAGAGCGUGGAGUUGCCGGUGACGGCCAGCGACGACAGCAACAACUAGCGCUGCCGGCUUAAUUUCAUUUAGAGGCGGAUCGAUCGGGCCGGCCGGCUCGAUGUCCGGCUGGCCGGCGACGAGUAGUAGGUGUACAUGUGUGGCUGUACAGUUACUGCAUGAGAGCAUGCAUGAUGCAUGUAAGUCUCGUCGAUCGAGUCAUCGAGAUAUAUACAGCAGGGACACGCAGCAAGCAAAAAGAUGCUGUCGUGCGUUUAUUUGUGUGUUGUUGCUGCGUUCUAACUUGUUCGUUGGUUGUUUUGGGAGUAGGGCAGGGCUUGUUGCUGCAUGCACGCCUGCAUUGGCUGUAUAUAUAUACUUGUCUUGCUGCUUGGCACCUUGUUUGCCUAUUU